AGCUUAUCCAUCAAGCCAUCAGGCCAUCACUAUCUUGUCGUCCUAAUCCAGGGAAACAUCAUCCUCUUCAUCGCCUUCAACGUCUCCUCACACUGCCCGCACUGCAAGAUCGAUCGAAAUGUUCAACCUCUCGGAGAACUCGAGGCUCCGUGGCUCAGGCCACUUAAUCCUCAACGUCUUCCGCGCCUGCAACAUCAUCAGUCUCCUGGCCGUCUGCGUCGCCACAUGGGUCAUGAUCAUCAUGUCCGGCCUGACAGGAAACUUCUUCUUCUUCGAGGCCGUGUCCCACUUCUUCACCUUCGUCGUCGCUUCCUUCCUCAUGUGCUCCGAGCUCAACCUCUUCAAGCGCUACUUCGCCCGCCACUGGCCCGUCCUCUCCCCCUACCGCGGCCUGACCUGGCUCGGCAUCGCCAUGAUCGUCAUGGGCUGCCACGUCCUCGGCAACCUCAACCGCCGCUCCGUCACCCCCGAGGUCAUGGGCGGCCACUUCUGGCGCCUCGUCCUCGCCGCCGGCAUCCUCUGCGUCACCUUCGGCUUCUUCAACAUCAUCUCCUCCGUCAUCUUCCGCGACUCGGACAACGGCAUCACCGCCCGCAACAUCCGUGCCGACGGCGCCAUCGCCUCGCCCACCUCGGGCGCCCCGACCUUCAACGACGCCUUCUCCGCCCGCAGCGGCUCCUUCCGCAGCAACCCCUCCUUCCGCAACGAGAAGGGCUUCAAGCGCCUGACCCAGCGGUUCAUCAAGCCUUCCUGGCCCGGCGCGAAGCCCAAGAUCGGCAAGCCUAUGCCCGCCAUGGACGACGACGACGACGUCGAAAGGGCCAGCAACAAUGACGCGAGCAUCUAUCCUGUUCCCGACCGCAGCCCCAUCAUGCCGGAUGUUCCGCGCCCGCCUACUGCUUUGCACCCCAUCAACCAGCGGAUCACCACUUACAGUGAAGCCCAUCAUCUCAACCGCUUCUGACAAAGGGGACCCCCAAAGGAAAAAAUACAAAUU